AUCAAACUUCUUAUAACAGUCCCUCCUUACAUCAGGUGUCCCCAUCAGAGUGUCCCCUUACAUCAACUGUCCCCAUCAGAGUGCCCCUUACAUCAACUGUCCCCAUCAGAGCGUCCCCUUACAUCAACUAUCCCCAUCAGAGUGCCCCUUACAUCAACUGUCCCCAUCAGAGUCAACCUUACAUCAACUGUCCCCAUCAGAGUGCCCCCUUACAUCAACUGUCCCCAUAAGAGUGUCCUCUUACAUCAGGUGUCCGCAUCAGAGUGCUCCUUACAUCAACUGUCCCCAUCAGAGUUCCCCCUUACAUCAGAGUUCUCAGAGCCCCCCUUACAUCAGAGUCCC